AGAGAACACGUAAAUUAUAACCGCACUUUUUGAAUAAAAUUUGUUAAUUAAAAAAACACAAAUUUAACGUUAUCGUGUGCGUUUAUUAUAAUGGAGAAUUACAAGAAAGGUAAAAAUGUUGAAGAACCAUUUGACAGAAACAAAAUACCAAUACCAAAUCUUCCAAAUAACUUUCUUUGGAUGCAGGUACGAGGUGGAAGUAAGAUUAGAAAUCUCUUAAGACAUGCAAUAAACGAAUUUCCCGAAGUGAAACAUGUGGUGUGGACAGGAUUUGGACCUUCAGUUAGCAAAUGUAUCACAUGUGCAGAAAUAAUGAAAAGAGAAUUUAAUAAUUCAUUACAUCAAAUUACAAGAUUAUGUUACAGACAUAUAGAAGAAUAUUGGGAUCCACUUUUACCAGACUUAGAUCAGUUGAUAGUUAGAAGAAAAUUACCAAUGAUACAUAUCUACCUAUCUUCAGAAAAUUUAAAUACAGAUGAAUUAGGGUAUCAAGCUCCAGGUCAAAAAGUAUCCCUUCAAAAAGAAGGAAAUGUUAAUAGCAAAAGUAAAUCUUCUAAUAAAAAACAAAAGAAAAGGAAAAACAAAUCAAGUGAUAAGAAUCAGAGAAAACUGAAUAACGAAAAUCAGAGAACAAAAGAAAGUUCUAGUAGUUCCACUAACAAUAUUUAGUAUUAAUGGAAUUAAUGUUUAAUUCAAUCAAUUUUGUUACUAAAAGAGAUUCUUAUUGAAGUGUGAAAAUGUAUAAAAAUUAAAUAAAACACAUGGAAUAUUAAAAAAUUA